AUGGAUUGCAACCGGUACAGUACCAAAGAGCAACUUUUACGAGUAACAGCGUUAUUAAAGAGAUUCGGUGACAAAACGAGGAGACAGCCAGUGCCAAUUGAAGUAACUGCGAAUGAACUAAGAGCAGCUGAAAAACUUUGGGUGAAUACCAUACAGGCAAGCAAUUUCGAAGACGAAAGGUCAUAUCUCCAAGGAGUUUCGAAGAAAGAACCGCUGCUCGUAAGACAGUUGGAUUUAUUCUUGGACGAAGAAGGUACGAUUCGAUGCCAAGGUCGAAUAGAUAAAUCAUCAUUACCCAUGACGACAAAGCGGCCAAUACUUCUUCCUGCACGACAUUUCUAUACGCAACUUGUAAUUCGCAACUGUCACGAAGUCGUCCAUCACAACGGUGUCAAAGAAACAUUGAACUGCAUUCGCGAAGUAUAUUGGAUUCCAAGAGGUCGAGAAGCCGUUAAACGUGUAAUUGGAGUAUGUGUUACAUGUAGAAAACACGAAGGGAAGCCAUACGGUUCACCAAAGUUCGCCCAGCUACCAUCAUGUAGAGUAAGCGAUGAUCCACCUUUUGCUCACACCGGCAUGGACUUCGCUGGACCACUAUAUUUAACGACCGAAGGUGAAGAUGAUAAAGAACGAAAGUUGCAAAAGGCGUACAUUUGUCUCUAUACCUGCGCGUCAACAAGAGCGUUACACCUUGAACUUGUGCCAAAUUUAUCAGUGUCUACAUUCUUACAAUCAUUUAGAAGAUUCACCGCUCGAAGAGGAUUACCGACAAAGUUACUAUCGGAUAACGCGAAAACGUUUAAAGCGGCUGCAAAAGAAGUCAAGGGAAUUACGAGAUCUAUGGAAGUUCAGCGGUAUUUGGCGAACAAAGGAAUCACGUGGGAGUUUAUAGUGGAAAAGGCACCCUGGCAAGGGGGUUUCUGGGAAAGAAUGGUGAAAUGUGUCAAACGCUGUCUGAAAAAGGCGGUGGGUCGAGCAUCAUUAUCGUUUGAAGAAAUGCGCACAUUAUUGAUUGAGAUUGAAGCUACGCUGAACAAUCGACCUAUGACUUACGUAUACGAUGAUGAAGAAGGCGUGUCUUAUCCGUUAACACCUGCAUCGUUGAUCUAUGGUCGAAACAUCGCUACAACGCCAAACGAUAAGCAAUUCGAAGUGAUCAGUACAAAUCAAUCCCUAACUCGACGGCAGAAGUAUCACAAAAGGCUUUUAAACCAGUUUGCGAAGCAAUGGAGAACGGAGUAUCUCACUAGUUUAAGAGAGUCAUCAAGGUCAAAGGUUUCGUCGGAUGCGGCUCGUAAGCUGGCGAUAGAAGAAGGAGAGAUCGUAGUUUUAAAGAACGACAAGUCAUCACGAUCAUUUUGGAAGGUAGCUAGGGUGGAGGAAUUACUCCCCAGUAAAGACGGUGUUAUUAGAGCGGCAAAGGUACGCGUAGUUAAUCAAGAGAAUGGAAAAUCAACAUGGUUACGAAGACCCAUACAACACCUUGUUCCUCUAGAAAUACGGUCGAGUUGCAAACAGAAGAACGAAACGCACGCGAGGGAUCCUACGACGGAAGAGACGAAAGAGGAUGCCUCUUCAAAGGAACCGCUGAAGGCGAACGCAAGGAGUACAGUUGUUACUAAAUACUUCCUACGAAGUCAGAACAAUCGUAAAGAUACUGUGUGA